AUGAUUGAAGGACAUCUUUAUAUAUUUCCAUUGUUAGUAUGUGCACUUAUACCAUUUGCCUAUUUGAUUUCUUUCAUUGUUGCUGUUCAUCUUGGUCAUUCAAAAUUUGAAUAUUUAUUUUUCAGUCACUCGUUAAUUGAUUCACCAGAAUCAUGCAUUUAUUCACAAAUUAUUAAUUUUACUUCAUUCAUUCUUAUCAUUACAAUUUAUAUUCGUUAUCGUCAAAUAGCUGAACUUAUUCGUAAUCAUCCAACAUGUGGAAAAAAAUAUUCUCAAUUAAAUUUAACUUUUCUUGUAUGUGGAUUGAUUGCUGCAUUUAGUAUGAGUAUUAUUUCAAAUUUUCCUCAUACCAAUGUAUUUCUGGUUCGUAUAUGUGCAACAUAUAUAACAUUUAUUAUGAGUGUUGGAACCCUUUAUUGUGAAAUGCUCUUAUCAUUUUGCAUUCGACCAUUAUUGUAUUCAAUAAUUAUUUUUCAAACAAUCACUAUUGUUAAAUAUGAUAAUGAACAAAAACUUUGGACAUCAACAAGUCUUGGUUGGAAAUAUCAUUUGAGUUCUACUUUAUCUGCAUGGAUUCUAACAAGUUGUCUUCUUAUUUAUAUUUUAACAUUAAUUAUUGAUUUUCGUCGUAUUAAAAUAAUCUCACCAAAAAUCUAUCUAACUAAUGAUAUUAUUGAUGAUCAGAUGAAUCAGAGAUUAUCAUUAUCAAUAUAA